AUGUCAAGCAAAUACCUGGCGCUAACUCAGCCCAAGAAUAAGGUACAAGUGAUGUACGUCUGGAUCGACGGAACCGAUGAACACGUGAGGGCGAAGACAAAGACCGUGUCAUUCGUGCCGAAGGACGCCUCAGAGCUUCCCGUCUGGAACUUCGACGGCUCGUCGACGGGUCAGGCGGACGGCAGUAACGCAGACGUAUAUCUCCUGCCCGUUCAGCUCUACAACGACCCUUUCCGCGGCGGUAACAACAAGUUGGUUAUGUGUGAGACCAUCCGCUACAACAAGAACCCGACCGAAUCCAACCACAGACACAGUUGCAAAAUGGUUAUGGAUUUAGUCCAGGAUCAACACCCGUGGUUUGGCAUCGAACAGGAGUACACUUUGCUGGACGGCAACGACCGAAACAAGCCGUUGGGUUGGCCUCAGGGAGGUUUUCCCGGACCGCAGGGUCCCUACUAUUGCGGUGUCGGCGCUAACCGUGUGUUCGGUCGGGACGUCGUUGAGACUCACUAUAGGGCCUGUCUUUACGCCGGUAUUGAGAUCGCCGGCGAAAACGCCGAAGUAAUGCCCUCUCAGUGGGAAUUCCAGGUGGGUCCGUGUGAAGGCGUCAACAUCGGUGACGACCUAUGGAUGGCCCGAUUCCUGUUGCACAGAGUGGCCGAAGACUUCCACAUCGGUGUGUCGUUCGACCCGAAGCCGAUCCCCGGCGANUUUCGAAAUGUGGGUCCGUGUGAAGGCGUCAACAUCGGUGACGACCUAUGGAUGGCCCGAUUCCUGUUGCACAGAGUGGCCGAAGACUUCCACAUCGGUGUGUCGUUCGACCCGAAGCCGAUCCCCGGCGAGUGGAACGGCUCGGGAGCGCACACUAACUUCAGCACUAAAGCCAUGCGAGAACCCGGAGGUAUGGCUGAGAUCGACAGAGCCAUCGAGUGUUUGAGCCGUAAUCACGACAAACAUAUCACGAAAUACGACCCGAGAGGCGGUCUCGACAACGCCCGACGUUUGACCGGUCGUCUCGAGACGUCGAGCAUUGACUCGUUCAGCUCAGGAGUGGCCAAUCGCGGCGCCAGUGUUCGCAUUCCGCAUUCGGUGGCCGACGACGGCUACGGAUACUUCGAGGACCGCCGGCCGUCUUCUAACUGCGACCCAUAUGUCGUGACGGAAGUCAUUGUCCGCACGUGUUGUCUCAAUGAGUAAACCCAUCGUUAUCUAUGUCUAGUUAGUGGUGGAUGUAAUGGACGAACGGUCGCAAAGAGAUAACACAACUAUCGC